AUGCAUUGGGCCGACAAUCGCGUCACCACCGAACAGGAAGACAUUGUGUACUGCCUUUUUGGACUUCUGGGUGUAACCAUGCAGAUCAACUAUGGCGAAGGGAAGGAAAAAGCAUGGAGAAGACUUCAAACGGAAGUAGAGGCAACUAGCAGCACACCUUCCAUCAUUCCAUUUUCCCGCAACGAGCAUUUUUUCGGACGAGAGUCUCAGCUUGCCGCUCUACAGGCAAAUUUGUUUAGCAAAGACUAUACUACUACUACUAUGACUAGAUUGGCUAUAGUAGGACCUAGCGGAACAGGCAAAUCACAGCUGGCGCUAGAACUUGCAUACAGAGUAAGAGAGGAGAUCAUGACUUGGUCAGUGUUUUGGUUGAAUGCAAGCAACGUGGACAGUCUCGAACGGUCGUAUGAGAGCAUUGCCCAAAGGCUCGAUAUUCCUGGAUGGGACGAUGAAAAGGCAGACGCAAAGCAGCUUGUAAAACUUCAUCUCGAAAAAGAGGACACAGCACAUUGCUUGCUGAUUUUUGACAACCUAGAAGACAUCACGCUACGAGCUAGUAGAACUUCGUCGGCAGAGGAAGUAGGUUUGACUGCCUACCUACCUCAAUCCACGCGAUGCUCUGUCGUGUUCACAACAACUGAAAGCAGUCUAGCUGAGCGAAUGGCGUCGCAUGCGCUUAUAGAGCUGCAGGAGCUGACACCAGAUGUCGCUAAGGAGAUGUUGAAGAACUACUUGAAUAGAGACAAAGAAUUUGAUUCAACUGAGGAGCAGCAAGCAAGGCUUUUGCUACAAGAGCUUUCACAUCUUCCGCUAGCGAUUGUCCAAGCAGCAGCUUAUAUCAAUGUCACGGCUGUAUCGCUUGAGGGUUACCAAUCAAAAUUGGAGACGCAUAACGACUACGAUGUCAAGCAAGAUAGCGGACCAUCAAGGGACAGACUACAGAGGUGGAGAGUAAAUGAUCCUGUGGCUACCACGCUAUUCAUCUCCCUCGACGAGAUCCGCCGUAGUCAUGCGCUUGCAGCAGACUAUUUGUUACUUGCAGCCUGCGUAGCCUCCAAGGAUAUCCCGUUUGAAUUCUUCAAAGACGAAAACAUUCGAGAACGAGAAAAUGCUGUACAUGUACUCAGUAAAUACGGCCUAGUCACUCGACGGCCCGAAGACUCUGCAUUGGACUUGCACCGACUGGUUCAUUUUGCAUUGCAAGAGUGGCUUCAGCAGCGGAAUCAGCUUCAGCAGCAGAUCGAAUAUGCCAUCACACAGCUACUUCGGGUCUUCCCAGACAGCAGUCAUCAGAAUAGGAGUAAGUGGAGACGACUGUUUCCGCAUACUAAGUACGCUCUGUCGUACAGGUCUCCUGAAGCAGAAAAUGGCGAACAGUCAGAUCUGGCAUGGAGAUACGCAAUGACGUUUUACAGUGACGGACAGUAUAAUAAAGCGGAAGAGCUUUUUACGCAAGUGAUGGAGACGAGAAAGAGGAUACUCGGGGGCGAGCAUCCUUUUACGCUAGCUUGUAUAGCGAACCUAGCAACAGCAUACAGGGAUCAACAACGGUGGAAGGAGGCUGAAGAGCUAGAGGCAAAAGUGUUAGAGAUAACAAAGAAGGUACUCGGGGACGAGCAUCCUGAUAUGCUGACUAGUAUGGCGAACCUAGCAGCAAUGUAUAGUAAUCAACAACGGUGGAAGGAGGCCGAAAAUCUAGAGGUGCAAGCAGUAGAGACAGCAAAGAGGAUACUUGGGGACGAGCAUCCUCAAACACUGACUUGCACGAGUAAUCUUGCCAUGACCUUUUGGUUACAAGGACGCCACGAAGAGGCCAUCCCUCUUGUACAGAGAUGCUUCCAACUGCGUGAACGAGCCCUUGGUGCGCACCAUCCGGAUACAAAAUUGGCAUUGAAUUGGUUAAACCAGCGCCGGGCAGAGAGCGCAGAGAAGCACGUUUAG